AUGAUAAAGGAGAAUCAGGAUACUCAGCAGACAUUGGCUCAGCUUGCAACGAAUAUCUCUUUGCUGACCAAGAAAUUUGAAGAGAACCAGACCAAGAAGGUAAAUGUGUGCGAAGAUGCUUCAGGUAUGCCGAAAGGGAUGUACCAUGUCCAAGAGGGUCCAUAUCAGGAGGGACCUCCUAUGCAGGUUGAAGAUGCUAACUGUGUGAACAACUCUCAAGGGGGUUAUCAAAGGCAGAAUUUCCAAGGGGGGUACCAGAAUCAAAAUCAAUGGAGACCUCAGCAAGGACAAGGGAUAGUGGGAUCUCAUACAAUGGCUAUACACAAUCUCGAGUUGCAGAUGCAUGACAUUUCUAGAGAGCAGCACCUUCCUAAAAAAAGAGGUCUUCCUAGUGACACUAUUCUGAAUCCAAAGAAUGGGGGAAGUGGUGUUGACCACGUGUUUGCUAUUAGUACUCGGGGUGGUAAAUUACUCCAAAGUGCUAAAAAGAAGGUUGUUGAUCUCGAGCCAAUUAAUGAAAAGGAAGAGGUGCAGUCUGAUGCAUCAAUAAUUGAUGAUGAGCUUCCUAGUAAAGAGAAAACUGCUGAUAUUCUAGAAAGUUCGAAGGUGGCUGAUGAUAAGAGCAAGCAGAUAGUAAAAGGGGCUCUCUGCCCUUUGACUCAGCUUUUCAAAUCUAAACCUCCCUUUCCUCAAAGGUUGAUAAAGAAGAAAGAUGAUACUAAGUUUGAGAAAUUUUAUGAUCAACUAAAGCAGUUAUCUUUGAACUUUCCAUUCUUGGAUGUUGUCAAGGAGAUGACCGGUUUUGCUAAGCACUUGAAAGACCUGUUGACCAAGAAGAAGACAGUGCAACAUGAAACCGUGAGUUUAACUCACACUGUGAGUUCCAUUCUUUCAACAACUACUGUCCAGAAAAAGGGAGAUGCUGGGGCGUUCACCAUUUCGUGUUCUAUUGGGUACCAUGGUUUUGCUCGUGCUCUGUGUGACAAUGGGGCGAGUAUAAAUUUUAUGCCAUUUUCUAUCUACAAGAAAUCAGGUUUAGGAAUGCCAAGGCCGACUACUAUGAGAUUACAGAUGGUUGAUAGAUCUAUUAAGCGGCAGGUUGGCAUGGUUGAUGAUGUUCUUGUGUGGGUUGGUAAAUUUAUGUUGUCCACUAAUUUUGUGAUUCUUGACUGUGCUAUUGAUCGGGAUAUUCCUAUUAUCCUGCGGAGACCUUUCCUUGCUAUGGGAAGAUCUCUUAUGGAUUCGGAAAAGAACGAAAUAAAAUUUCGAGACAAUGAUGAGGAAGUUACUUUUGAGGCAAUUGUGGAAUUCAAAAUGGAAGACGAAAGUUUAGGAGAAGCUCUUGCUACUAUUCUUGUCAAUUUUGAUGCUGAGGACAUGAAGGGUUAUGUAGAGACAAAGCUUAAUCUUGAUCUAGAAAAUAGAACAACACCUCCAGCAAAACCUUCUAUCGUUGAGCCACCGAAGCUUGAGUUUAAGCAACUCUCAUCAUAUUUGAAGUAUGAGUUCCUUGGUCCAAAUAAUACGUUACCAGUGAUUAUUUCAGCAUUGCUGACUGAGGAUCAUAUCGAGAGGCUUGUGGAGAUAUUGCGUGAGUAUAGGCGUGCUAUUGGUUUGACCAUAGCAGACAUUCGGCGGAUUCUUUCUGAGAUCUGUGAGCAUAAAAUUUAG